AUGUCCUCCUCGUCCAAGCGCAAGCCCUCCGAUGCACCAGUAUCACCACCCCCUCUCAAGAGGAAGCUCGCUUCCGGCACCACAAAGGGCGCGGUCGCCAACUUCUUCACCCCAAUAUCCCAGAAACCCAAGGACCGCACCGUCUGGUCAGAGCGCGCCCCGAACAACGACACGCCAGCAACCUUGCUCGUUGCCAAGUACGAACCUGAAGCCAAAGAAGAGACUUCGACAAACAAGAGGCGGAAAGUGGCCGCCUUCGAUCUUGACUCGACCCUCAUCGCGACAUCUUCAGGCAAGAAGCACGCCUCCGACGGCAAUGAUUGGAAAUGGUGGCACCCCUCUGUGCCGGCCCGCCUCAAACAACUCUACAACGACGAAAACUACCGCCUCAUCAUCCUCUCCAACCAAGCCGGCCUGACCCUACACCCGGACCCCAAAUCCAAAACCCCCAAAGCAAACGCCGCCAAGCGCGUCUCCGACUUCAAGACGAAAUGCGCCGCCGUCCUCGCCCAGCUCGACCUGCCCGUCACCCUCUACGCCGCCACGGCAAAGGACAUGUUCCGCAAGCCCCGCCCCGGCAUGUGGCACGAGCUCUGCCGCGAUCACGACAUCACGGAGGACGUCGACCUUGCGAGCAGCCUCUUCGUAGGCGACGCCGGCGGGCGCGUCGCUGCCGGUGCGACAGCCCGCGACUUCAGCUGCUCGGACCGCAAUCUCGCGCACAACAUCGGCGUCCCCUUUAAGACGCCCGAGGAGUUCUUCCUCGACGAGCCGCCGCGCGUCUUUGCGAGGGAGUUUGACCUCGCGCUGCACCCGUACGUCGAAGCCGCAGGCACAGACAGGGGCGAGGGCGCGGACGAGGCGCCCCUCUUCGAGAAAAGGAACAAGCAAGACGUCGUACUGUUCUGCGGCCCGCCCGGCGCGGGCAAGAGCACAUUCUACUGGAGACAGCUCCAGCCUCUGGGCUACGAGCGCGUGAACCAGGACAUACUCAAGACGCGGGACAAGUGCGUCAAGACGGCGAGGGAGCUCCUCCAGAGCGGAAAAUCCGUCGCCAUAGACAAUACAAACGCCGACCCCGACACGCGCGCCGUGUGGGUCAAUCUCGCCAAGCAGCACGACGUCCCCGUGCGCUGCGUGUGGUUCAAGACGCCCCUCUUCGUCUGCGAGCACAACGAUGUCGUCAGGGCGCUCAACACAAAGAUGAAUCCCGAAUCCAGGACGGCGCUGCCGCAGCUCGCCUUCAACGGCUUCAAGUCGCGCUUCCGUGAGCCCAAAGCCAAGGAGGGCUUCCAGGACGUGACGGAGCUGGAGUUCGAGUUCCGUGGCACGAGGGAGGAGCAUGGCGUGUGGGCACGGUACUGGAUCUAA